AUGGAGAACAAAGAACCCAUAGUAUCAUCAUCACAAAAGAAAACCUUAUCUUGUGAUUCAUUGCUCGAGAACAGCACGCCUUGGCAAAAUGAACAAUACUUCCAAUCACAUCUGAAGGAAUAUUUCUUCAUAUUCACGUGUAUGUUUGCAAAUUUGCUUAAUCAAGCGGGUCAAACACAAGUGCUCUCCACCAUGAAUGUCAUCUCAGAAUCAUUCCAUUCGGAUGUAGGUACACAGACAUGGCUGAUGGCUUCCUUCCCAUUAGUUUCAGGUUCGUUCAUUCUGAUUAGUGGUAGAAUUGGUGACAUUUAUGGUCUUAAAAAGACAAUGAUUGGUGGGUAUAUCUUUAUGAUUAUAUGGACAUUGCUUUGUGGGUUCGCUGACUACACCCAUAGUGAUACUUUCUUUAUCGUAUGCAGAGCAUUCCAAGGGUUGGGUAUUUCAUUUAUCUUGCCUAACAUAAUGGGUUUGGUCGGGAAUAUAUAUAAAGUGGGGACAUUGCGUAAAAAUAUCGUUAUCAGUCUCAUUGGUAUUACGGCACCAACGGGGGCCUGUAUGGGUGCCUUAUGGGGAGGAUUAAUUGCCACUGAAAGUUCAAGACAGUGGCCAUGGAUCUUCUACGCAUAUGCUCUCGCUGCCUUUGUCAAUUUAAUAAUGGCUAUUUAUUCAGUACCGGAAAAUGUCCCGACAAAUGUUCAUAAUUUCGCCAUGGAUUGGAUGGGAGCAAUUAUUGGUGUCGUUGGUUUGAUUCUAUUUAAUUUUGUUUGGAAUCAAGGUCCCGUCAAUGGCUGGGCUAAACCUUAUAUCAUUGUUUUGUUGAUCAUUUCAAUUAUUUUCUUAGUGGCAUUCAUCAUAUAUGAAUUGAAAUUCCCCAUUUCGCCAUUACUUCCACGUGAGGUCACCAAGAAUGGGCAAAUUCUAACAAUCUUAGGUAUUUUAUUUUUGGGAUGGGGGUCUUUCGGUAUAUGGACCUUUUAUUAUUACGCAUUCCAAUUGAAUUUAAGAAAUUAUUCUCCCUUAUGGGCAGGUGCCACGCAUUUUAUGUUCAUCAUUUGGGGAAGCAUUGCUGCCUUUAUAGUAGGUUUUACAAUUAAUAGAGUGGGACCAGCAGUACUGUUGUUCUUCUCUGCAUUGGGUUUCACUAUGGGUUCGUUAAUGUUAAGUGUCACACCCAUUCAUCAAACAUAUUGGCGUAUGAAUGUGGGGAUGCAAAUAAUAUUAAGUUUUGGGAUGGAUCUUUCAUUUCCAGCAUCUUCAAUCAUAUUAAGUGAUCAUUUACCAAUGCAAUAUCAAGGAAUGGCAGGUUCACUGGUUAACACUAUUAUCAAUUAUUCCACCUCGCUAUGUUUGGGUAUGGGAACUACCGUGGAGCGUCAAAUAAAUAAAACUGGGGAAGAGUUAUUGAGGGGAUAUCGUAGUGCUCUUUAUUUAGCGGUUGGAUUGGGAGGUUUAGGAGCUUGUGUAGCCUUCCUUAAUCUAUGUUAUGAUUUAUGGAGGAAGAGGAAGAGCCGCUUAGAUGAUAUAAGAAGUCUAAAUACUAAUGAUUCUGCAUAA